AUGGUGAGUCAAACUAAAAAUAGAGAAUCGAUCAGUGAGCAUGAAGCCGCGUUGGAACUUCGCAGACUCCGAGACGCUGCCAAGCUUGCAGCUAUAUAUCACAAUGGUGAAAUAAUUGCAUCAGCCAUUGAGAUAUUUCAUCACGUACAUCAUUAUAUAAAUGAAUGUGCGCGAGAAAAGGAUGACACGAUCCCGGCAUUGCCGGAGGUAAGAAAUCCUAUUUUCUUCGUGUAUCCUAUCUGCAUGCUGAUGAGCCUUGUUCUUGCGAUCUUCUGGUUUGCUAGAAAGAUACUGCCUGACAGACCUAUGAUACCUCUCGCAAUAUGCGCGACAUCGGCUAUUCUGAUGCUUGUGACAGGAAUAAUGGAAAUGAAACACGCUGAUAUGUACAUUGAUGUUACCGAAUUUACUGAUGAGGAAAUAUUGGAGCAUCCCAUCUUUAUUCAUAAUUUUGUAAUGUGUAUAUUAUCAAUCUUCGUCAUGACUUUAUAUCUGAUUCAAGCGUGGGUUCUCUUUGACCAAUGGCAAUGGAUUCGAGAAGAGCAAGAUACAAGUAUAUCAAGUGAUACUCAAAGCUACGAUUCUAGUGUGGAUACCGACGUAACUGAAAAUUCCAUAAAUGGAAAAAAGAUCGAUAAACAUAGUACCAGACAGCAGGUUGUAGAACUGGCACCGAUUCCCUCUUUGAGAGAUUUAUCUGUCUCCGCUCCGAUCACCGAUAGUACCGUAAGAAUGACAAUUCAUUCUGUCUACUAUACAAUUCUAUCGACACUUUGGAUUUUGAAGCAGGUCAAGUUUUCCUGUGCAAUAUAAGAAAAAGGAGCAUUUUGUGUUCAGAUGUAUGACAAAAAUUUUAUCUUUAUUUCUAUUUUUAUAGAAUGACAUUUAUGGUCGUUUCAGUUCUAAGGUUAUCGAAAAAUCAACAGAAUGUUUUCUU